GUUGUCCUUUAUUUUCGAGGAAAGUUGUGAGCGAAGCAAAGCGACCGACCUCGCCAAACAGUGCUGCUUUAGAGAGAGAGAGAGAGCCGGGCUUGUUACGAUAAUUGGGGUUUGCUCUAGUUUUUACAUAUCUAAACCCUAAUCCUUGGAUCAGGUCUUAGUUCUCUCGUUGUUCGGCACCUUCCAUCAAUUAAGUUUCAUGUCCGAUCUCAACAUCCAGAUUCCUGCUGCUUUUGAUCCCUUUGCCGAUGCAAAAUCUGAGGAUUCGGGUGCUGCUGGGUCAAAGGAGUAUGUUCACAUUCGUAUACAGCAGCGGAAUGGCAGGAAAAGCUUGACAACAGUGCAGGGUUUGAAGAAAGAAUACAGCUAUAACAAGAUACUGAAAGACCUUAAGAAAGAGUUUUGCUGCAACGGCACUGUCGUCCAGGAUCCAGAAUUGGGGCAGGUUAUUCAGCUUCAAGGUGACCAGCGUAAGAAUGUGUCCACCUUCCUUGUUCAGGUAAUUUCAUGGCUGGUCUAGGCUGGCGUCGUGAAGAAGGAGCACAUCAAAAUCCAUGGUUUCUGAGCCUCGACAACUCUAAAUCCCUGUACGUCCAUGCGUCUCAUAUGUCCAGGCAGAACGUAUUCUCGUGUGUCUAUAUCAUCUAUAUGUUGGUUUAGAUCUCCUCUUUGUUGGGCUUAUGUAGUGUGUGAUGAUCUUGUUAGACUUUACGACGAUGUGCAGUCGUAGUCAAUACUAUCGAACGUUGAAUAAAUUUGUAGUUACUUCCUCUCCUUGUUCUCUGUAGUAGCUUCGUCACCUGCAAGAUUUAGUAGGGACUGGAUGUUCUAUGUGGGAUUUCAAAGAUAUCAGAUUGGCCAGCAUCUUUUCAAUGGUCGUCUUAGACU